AUGACUAGAUUAGUAACAUGGUGGAAGAGUGAUAUUCCAUAUCACACGUUUAUGUACACGAACUUCAUCGUCGGUUUCGCAUUCACGCCUUUCGCCAUAUAUUCGAAUUAUCAACUGCAAGUCACCGGUUUCGCAAUAGGAACUGAUAUCGAUGGCCAGGUCUGCUCAACAUACUGCGUCGUUCCUUGGGGUAGCGGACGUAUCGAUCUCAAUGCCGCCAUUCUGUACAUGAAUGCGCUGACCUUUGCGCUUGGUGGAGUCGUUACUAUUCUAAUCAUAGCUUAUGCUGAUUUCUGGAGAUACAAGACCUGGCUUAUAAGUAUUAUGAUUGCUGUCUACGGCGCAGUCACAGUGCCAAGUUACUGGCUUCGUAUCUCUACGUUGAGAGCUUUCAACUCAUUGUUCGCACUGUCCGUCUUGUUUGGAAUUAUCAGCUCGGUGCUGAUUGCAUUGCUCAACAUAUAUAUACCGCACUGUAUGCGUACAGCGACUCCAGGCAAUAUAGACGAGGAGAUCUCACCAGACUCGAAGACGAAUGUGUCACUGAACAACCACUCAAGUAAAGCAGUUACAGAGAAAGCGAAAGCAGAGCGCGCAUACGGCUUCACAAUGUCCAUCUUCGCCAUGCUCACCAACAACAUCGCAGGCAUCCUAAUCCUCGUCGUUACAAUUAUCCUCUCUACAACCCUCCCUCUGACAUCCCAACAAUCUGCCGGCCUCCUCGUGUCCACAAUCGUCGGAUGCAUCACACUCGCCGGCGCAUUGCCCUCCUGGCUCGGCCUCCCACAGCUGCCCACAAAACCAUAUCCCGCAACGCACAAAUGGUACACCGCCCUCCUGCAGAUUCUCACGCCCUUCAGAGCCCUUCUCGCCAACCCAAACAUGCUGCUCCUCCUGCUCGCAUACACGGUAUAUACAGACACAACUUUCGCGACAGCAAGCAUCAUCGGUCAGCUAUACUACUCCGAGCUCACCCCAAACACACUGGAGUACUCCCUCUACUCCCUCGCCACAUACAUCUUCUUCGUCAUCUGCACAACAGCAUUCUACGCCGCACACCGCAGGUGGAAGUUCACGCUGGAAAAAUGCUUCGUGGCGGGCUAUGCCAUCAUCCUCCUCGUGCCGAUAUGGGGCAUCAUCGGCAUCGCACGACAAGAUGCGUUUGGAUACAAAGUCAGUCGAACCCUUUCCUCAUCCUCGUCCUUUCCCCCCUUCAACCCAAAUCCAUAG